CCAAACCUCAAGAGCCCAGCCAGAUUACAGCGUGGAUUUCCACAAAAAUGUGAACAGCAAGAUGGAACUGUCCUUAUUCAGGAAAAAGUUUGACGAAUGUAGGAUUUAGGGUCAUAAUGGUGCAUUUUAUUUGUGAAGCCAUUUCCACAUCAUACUGUAGUUUCAAAUAUCAUACAGAAAUUAAUAAUUGAUAUGUUUGAUAGAAAUAUUGUAAUACUGCAUAAAACCAAAGUUUAGCAAAAAGAAACUGACUGAAAAAUCAAAACUAAAACUGACUAAAUUGCAAAGGUGAAAGAUUUCAUGCUUUGUUAUAAAGGUUAGACAAUUCUAUUAAUGUAACUAGUGGAUUUUGAAUUUUUAAUAUUAUAUUUAUGCUCGGUUGAAAUUUUCAUUUAGUUCAGUCAGAUAUGAGCAUUCUGUAAACCAGGGGUGUCCAAUUGCAUCCGCAAAGGGCUGGUGUGGCUGCAAGUUUUCACUCCAUACGAGCUGAAGCACAACUGAUUCUACUUGUUUAAUCAGUUGGUCUUAGUCUUCAAACAUUUCAUCAUGUGAUCUCCUGCUUUGUUGGAGUGAAAACCUGCAGCCACACUGGCCCUCUGCGGAUAAGAUUGCAGAUAACUCAUUGUUUAAGGUGUGAUUUAGAACCUGAUGGGCCAAACUUUACAACAUCAUGACUAAAAUACUAUGUGGAGAACAGUUCUCACAGUUUGCAUGGUUGUAUGGAUUUUUCAUGGAAAUCCAUGACCUGCUGUGCUGGUAUAGAAUAACCCAACUUCAGCAACAGACUUGUCUUUCUUAGAAGGAGUCGUUGUUGCUUACUCUCUUUUUUUUUUGUUCACUUACUUUCUAAGCUUAAAUGAUGCUGCAGUGAAAGUGUUGGCCUGGUAGUCUGUCACAUUAUAAAUUGAUGCCAACUGAUCAAACAGUGGAUUAUCCUGAGCACGUGUGGGGGAUGACAUCCUAGCCAACAACAGUCUGGGCCAACCUGAAGAGUGAGCUGGUGACAGAGGGCUGGGAUGGCAUGCUGCUGUCCCGUCUCUACGACAACCCUCUACAAACAAAAAACUAUUCAGAAGACAGAGGCCCACAGUGCAGAGAGCGCGUGGAAGAACCCUCCUCUCCGGUCCCUCAAGUCCUGGAUAAAAAGCUGAGACUGUAAAAUGCCUACAAGAGCCAAGAAGUCCAAGUCCCAAAGUGCCAGACCUAGGAAGAAAAGUGACAGGAAGCGGUCAACUAAGAAAAGGUCAGCAAGUGCCAAACCCACACAGCCAGAGGUGGACAUUCUCAGUCCAGCAGCCAUGGAGAACGCCUACUACAUUUCCCAUAAUGCUGUGGACUGCCUGGAGUUCAGGGGCUUUGGGUGGCCUGAGGCCACUAAGAAAAAAGGAAAGAAAUCAAAAAAACAAAAAAGUAAAAAAUAAAGAAAGACAAAAUCGACAAAAGCUACUUAUUGUAAACAAAGGAAAUGAAAACAGUGUCAUGAAUUUUCAGGGAUAGAUACUGAAAGGAUAAUAUUCUCUUGUACAUUUAUGCUGAUUAAAUAUAUUUUUGCUAACUGAGUUUUCUUUCAUGCAUACAUGUUUGUUACAAAUACAUAUGAGACACCCUUUAAUGAUUUUUCUGUGCCAAAAAAUGGUCGUCACCCAGACCAGUGGAGGGAUGAACUACAUCUACUAGAACUGGGUAUAAAUCAGAAAAAAAAGACCUUUAAAAGAUGGAUUGUCAGUUAAUGUUCCCCAGUUAAUUUAUUUGUAUAUUGAAAGUAUUGGCUUGAUGACCAAUUGUAUGAAGUCAUUCAAAAGCUCUCAGAAGUAGAGCACAAAGAGCAAGGAAACUGAAGACCUGUGUCAGCAAUGGGUGUGCCAUAGAGUGGCUGAAUUAACUGUUUAUAUGGGGUGUCUGGAUACUUUUGGACAUACAGUGCUGGAGCUGCUCAAAUACACUAAUGAAGUAAAAUGUUUUGGGGCUUUCUAUUAGAAAAAGCCUUACAGUGUACAUGCCCCAAGCACUUUAUACAAACACUUUGACACCUGGGUCAUUCUACAGAAAUGUCCAUUUUAGUGCCCCUAGCAUUUACAGAUAUAUUACACUUGAAAAACAUGUUAGGGUUACAAUGUAUUUAUAAUUGAAAAUAAAACAAUGUUAACAAUGACGUCCUCUUGAGCCAUUAGUUUAGCAAUAUUGUUUUUUAAAUCAAUUAUAUAGAAUUCCAGGCAUCACAGAAGUGCUCGUCCUCACAGUCAUGUGUAAAGGGUGAGUGCCAUAUUUUAAGGUAAAGAACGUUUUUCUGUAAUUUUAAUUAUAAUAAUCUAUACAUGACUAUGACAAAGAAAACAAAUGCCAAAUAAAUAUCAUAAAAUAUAUAAUGAAAGUUGUGGUCCCCAGGAGUCGUGUCACUGGUGUUACUGUGUAAUAAAAAAUCUUAUUUUGAAAUAAAAAUCACACUGGUGACAUCACGACUUCCUUUUACCUAUUUUCUGAGGCUCUAUGAAGAAAAGCACAUGGUAGGUCCACUGUGUCUUUCAGUUAUCAGGAAUUUUCUCAUUUAGCUCAUGAUUUCAUAUGAAGCUUUUAGUUGAAAUCACUGGUAUGAUCUACUUUAUUCUUAGGUGAUUGUGAAACAAUAGAAUACAAAUGGAUUAAAUUACAUAUUUUAGUGGAUAUUCCAUGACUGACAACAUGUGGUUUGAUGCUCUCACUUUUUUCAUUAAAAAUGUCACUGGUGUUACUGUGUCUGGUACCUAUAUUAUGUGCAACACCAAUGAGGAUUGGUAACACCAGUGACUCCUAUGGAUAGAUCAAAAAGUGGACGUUUCUGUAGAAUGACCCACCUACUCAUUCAUGCAAUUAUCCAAUCAGCCAAUUGUGUGGCAGCACUGCAGUGCAUAAAAUCAUGUUCACAUCAACCAUCAGAAGGGGGAAAAACUGUCAUUUCAAUGAUUGUGACCAUGACAUGAUUGUUGGUGCCAGAUGGGCUGGUUUGAGUAUUUCUAUAGCUGUUGAUCUCCUAGGAUUUUCACACACACAACAGUCUCUAGAGUUUACUUAGACUGGUGCAAUAAAGAAAAAAAGAUCCAGUGAGCGACAGUUCUGUAAACAGAAAUGCUUUCUUAUUGAGAGAGGUCAACAGAGAAUGGCCAGACUUGUUCUACUUCAUAGAAAUGAUUGUGUAGUAGCAUCAUAAUGGAAUCAUUUUAUACAUGUAUCUUAACUCAGAUAACCACUCUGUACAAUUGUGGUGAGCAGAAAAGCAUCUCAGAAUGCACAACACGUCAAACCUUGAGGCGGAUGGGCUACAACAGCUGAAGACCACAUCACUUCUGGCAGCCAAUAACAGAAAGCUGAGGCUGCAGUGGACAACAGACUCACCAAAACUGGACAGUUGAAGACUGUAAAAACAUAGUCUGGUCUGAUGAAUCUCGAUUUCUGCUGAGGCACACAGACGGAUGGAUCAGAAUUUGGCACAACAGCAUGACUCCAUGGACUCUGCCUUGUAUCAACAGUCCACGCUGGUGGAGGUGGUGCAAUGGUGUGGGGAAUGUUUUUUUUUGUUUGUUUUUUAACACUUUGGGCCUUUUUAAUACCAAUCAAUCAUCACUUCAGUGCCACAGCCUAUUUAAGUAUUGUUGAUUGUUGUUCAUCCCUUCAUGGCCACACUUUACCAUCUUCUAAUGGCUACUUCCAGCAUGAUAUUGCACCAUAUCACAAAGCAAAAGUCUCAAACUGGUUUCAUGAACAUGACAAUAAGUUCAGUGUUCUUCAGUGGCCUUCCCAGCCAUAGGAUGCAGUAGAUCGGGAGAUUCACAGCAUCAAAGUGUACCUGAAAGGUCUGCAGGAAUUGCUUGAUGCAGUCAUGAGAUCAUGAGGCUGUUAUGGGAGCAAAGGGAGGCCCUACCCUGCAUUAGUAUAAUAAAGUGCUUGUUGAGGGUAUAUUUGAAUAAUUUUUCCACUUUCUAAAUAUUUUUCUAUAUAUUUUAGUGCACGAUUUCUAUUUAUUUGC